AUGAUGAAGCCAGGUGUCAAGAGGGUCAUAUCGACGGCGAACGACUUUGAUGUUACUGGACUUGGGAUAGUUGGUUACUAUUUGAAGUUAUAUGCAGUGGAGCAAAUUAUAGCGGAAGAAGAUAAAUCUAAGGAAUUGACUGAGAUAGCUACGAAUUUGCUCGACGCUAUUGAGAGUUACAAAGGUUCUGUACUGUCGAGUGAGGACGAAGGUGCGACGGCUUUGAAAGUGCUGCUACAUGAUGAAAAUAAGGCGAAAAUGUACGUUUUAAACCUUGCAAUGCAAGUUUAUAAUAAUAAAUUAAAACAAAUAUCUUCAGGGCCGUGGGAUAUAAAUUUGAGACGUUCGCUAUGGUGUUGCAUUGAUCUUUUUCAAUGUGUUUUACAUCUUUGGAUCAAACAAUUGAGCGAUAAAGAGCAAGCCUCGAUAAAUAAAUCGAUCAAGUAUUGCAAAAUUUAUGUCACUAAACUGAUGAAAGGUGAGAUUGGUGGAACUGCAGAUUCUGGGUCUGCCAAAACACUGGACGUUUCAGAUUUUACAGAUGCUAAGCAUGCAUAUAGUGAUGAACAGGAGGAUGUGACGAAAGACGAAGAAAAAAGUGCUUCAGAGGGGGAGGAAAUAAAAGAGGAAGAAGAAGAAGAAGAAGAGGAAGAAGAGGUCAGGGAGCAAGUAAAAGAAGAGAAGAUACAAGAUGAUCAGGAUGAUGAUACUGAACUCUACGAGAUGAUGAACAAAUUAAAGGCAAUAAAACCGGAUGAUUCGCCAUCGAGGAGUUUGAUAUCAUUACCAAAUCCACCUAGUGAUAGAGAAGAAACAAUGGAAACCGAACAAAUUGUGGAAAUUCCAGAUUUUGUUGAUUCAGAUAAUGAAAUAAAACCGGCAUACUCAAAAGAGAACCUUCACGAAAUUAUGGAAAAAUCAACCAAGAUUGAGCAAGUUCAGAAACAUUCUAGAUACGCAAUUAGUGCAUUAAACUACGAAGACAUUAAAACGGCGAAGAAUGAAUUGGUUAAAGCAUUAGAACUAUUAAAUUCUAUAAAAUAA